AUGGCCAGAGGAACAUAUGUUGUUCUAGGUGGUGGCCACGCAGAGGAACUAGGCAUCAUGCAAGACAACUCGGGGGGGAUAUUUUUGCUCUGCAUGAUUCUUAUGUCUCUCUCACUUAUAUCAAUGGUCAUAUUUGCCUGUGGUGAUGAUGAAGGAUCAAGCAAGAAAAGAUACGGAGGCGGAGGCGGUGGUGCAGCUGCUGCUGCUGGUGGCGGUGGAGGUUGCGGAGGUGGUGGAGGUGGCGGUUGUGGAGGUGGAGGUGGAGGUUGUGGAGGUGGAGGUGGAGGUGGAGGUUGUUAG